UGAGAAGAACGCACAGGAGUUGGUGGCAGAGGAGGAGCGGGCCAAGAGAAAAGCAGAGAAGAAGAAGCUGAAGAAGAAGAAACAAAAAGACCGGAAGAAACGUGAGAAACUGGGUCAAGAGCAGAAGAACAAAGAGAACACUGACCCAAGCUCCCCACGUGGUCCUGCAGGCACUGGACCUCCCUCAGAUGGUGCUGAGGAUGAGGGAUGCUGCCCAGAGCCCUCCCCGUGCCCUGGGGACUCCACAGUCCCCUCAGGGAGCCUGGGUCAGAGGACACAGUAGUGACAGAGGAAGAGCUGGACCUGAGCUGCACUUUUGUCUGCAAAGCACGGGAGAAGGCAGGAGUCAGGCUGCCCCCUCCGGGCAGUGACCGGUCCCCUGGGCCACAGAAUGUGGAGCCAAGCAGGAAGGGGCCUGAGAAGGGAAGUGGGGACCCUGUGGAGACACCUGUGUCCCUCCAGCCCCUCCAGCCCAGGCCACCCAGCCCCAGCACGGUAGCGCAGAGCCUGGCGCUUGCAGGCCAUGGCAUCGAGGCAGCCCAGAUGGGCCAACACUCUGAGGCCGUUUGGGCUUUCACCAUGGCCCUGGAGCUGAACCCCCGGGAACACCGGCUCUUGGGGAACCGCUCCUACUGCCUGGAGAAGCUGGGCCGCUACGAGGAGGCACUGGCGGAUGCGGAGGCGGCACUGGCGCUGCAGCCGGGCUGGCCCAAGGGCUCCUUCCGCAAGGGCAAGGCCCUCAGGGGGCUUCAGCGCUAUGCCGAGGCCGCACGCACCUUCGAGGAGCUGCUGCUGCAGGACGGGGCCUACGCUGAGGCAGCCACGCAGCUGGAGGCCUGCCGGGCCCAGCUGCAGCAGUGCAGCCGCCCCGGGGGUGUCCCCGUGUCCCCCUUCCUGCUCAAGGCUAAGGAGCCGCUGUUUCUCCCUGCAGGAUGGACAACCAGGAGCUGCCAGGAUGGACAACCAGGUGCUGCCAGCACCUGCCAGGAGAAAGGUGACAAAAGUGUGACGGGAGGCAGUGCCAAGAGCACCACAAAAGACCCGGAACAGGCACCUGCUGUGGCCAGUGGCUGCCCAACACUGCCACCGAGCCACCCUGCCAGGGACUGCUUCCCGCUCUGGGUGGGCAAUGUCACCUCCCACAUCACUGAGAAGGUGCUGCGUCGUGCCUUUGGCCGGUUUGGGGAGAUCCGCUCCGUCCGGCUGCUCCCGGGCCGCCACUGUGCCUUCAUCAACUUCCGUGGGAAAGCAGAGGCCGAGGAGGCCUUCAGGGCCAUGCAGGGUGCCACCGUGGAGGGCAGCAAGCUGUUGCUGCAGCUCAAGCACCCGGCCCAUGCCACCCCGGCCCCCAUGCCCCGUGCCAAGGGCAAGGCCACCCGUGGGGGGCUGCUCAGCUGACCCUGCUCUGUUGGGGGGGGGUCCUGGCAGCCCCCCCCUCACCUGCCUGUACCUGCCUGUGCCUUGUCCCCCACUGCCAGGGGUGGGGGUGUCUCCCCCUCCUGCCUUGGGGGUGCUGCGGGGGGUCGGGGCCCACCCUGCAGCCCCUUGUGCUGGGGGGGUGGGCCUGGGCUGUUCUCCGGGGCCCCUCAGGGAUUUGUAGCAAUUUGGUUUUUUUAAUAAAGCUGAGAUUUGUUCUUCUC